AUGUCCGUCUGCUCCAGUGAUCUGAGCUAUAGCAGCCGGGUCUGCCUGCCCAGAUCCGGUGACUCUUGCACUGAUUCCUCCUGGCAGGUGGACGACUGCCCAGAGAGUUGCUGUGAGCCCCCCUGCUGCGCCCCCAGCUGCUGCGCCCCAGCCCCCUGCCUGACCCUGGUCUGCACCCCAGUGAGCUGUGUGUCCAGCCCCUGCUGCCAGGUGGUCUGUGAGCCCAGCCCCUGCCAAUCAGGCUGCACCAGCUCCUGCAUGUCCUCGUGCUGCCAGCAGUCUAGCUGCCAGCCGGCUUGCUGCACCUCCUCCCCCUGCCAGCAGGCCUGCUGUGUGCCCGUCUGGGCUUGCUGCACUCUCUCCCCCAGCAGGCUCGCUGUGUCCGUCUGCUGCAAGCCUGUGUGCUGUGUGCCCACUUGCUCUGGGGAUUCCUCUUCAUGCUGCCAGCAAUCUAGCUGCCAGCCGGCUUGCUGCACCUCCUCCCCCUGCCAGCAGGCCUGCUGUGUGCCUGUCUGCUGCAAGCCCGUCUGCUGCAAGUCCCUCUGCUGUGUGCCUGUGUGCUCUGGGGCUUCCUCACUCUGCUGCCAGCAGUCUAGCUGCCAGCCGGCUUGCUGCACCUCCUCCUGUUGCAGACCCUCCUCCUCUGUGUCCCUCUUCUGCCGCCCCGUGUGCAGGUCCACCUGCUGCGUGCCCGUCCCCUCCUACUGUGCCCCCACCUCCUCCUGCCAGCCCAGCUGCUGCCGCCUGGCCUCCUGCAUGUCCCUCCUCUGCCGCCCCACGUGCUCCUGCCCGACAUGCUGA